GGCUGUGAAGGGGGAAGGGAGCGGCAUCCUGAUGGGAGUAGCUGAAGCUGGCGGUACUGCCCGAGCUGGGCCUGCACAGAUUAACUUUGACUUGGAUAGCAGUACUAGCUUCGUGGAUUCCUGAACUACCUGUAUUUAAGAAUAAGUGGUACAGAUUUCUAGAUGAAUGCCAUAAUGGAAACCCCUGAGCUGCCCGCAGUAUUUGAUGGGGUGAAGUUGGCUGCUGUAGCUGCUGUUCUCUACAUCAUUGUUCGCUGCCUCAACCUGAAGAGCCCAACUGCCCCUCCAGACAUUCUUUACCAAGACACUCCUUUGUCUCGCUUCCUACUCAAGUCCUGUCCUCUUCUGACCAAAGAGUACAUUCCACCUCUCAUCUGGGGGAAAAGUGGGCACAUCCAAACUGCCCUUUAUGGAAAGAUGGGGAGAGUAAGCUCGCCACAUCCAUAUGGGCUUCGCAAGUACCUCACGAUGCCAGAUGGUGCAACAGCAACUUUUGACCUCUUCGAACCUCUGGCUGAGCACUGCAUUGGAGAAGAUAUCACAAUGGUAAUUUGCCCUGGAAUAGCUAAUCAUAGUGAGAAGCAGUACAUCCGAACUUUUGUCGACUACGCCCAGAAGAAUGGCUAUCGAUGCGCGGUGCUAAAUCACCUUGGGGCCCUGCCAAACAUUGAGCUGACUUCCCCACGUAUGUUCACUUACGGUUGCACAUGGGAAUUCGGAGCCAUGGUAAACUACAUCAAGAAAACCUAUCCCCAGACCCAGCUGGUUGUGGUGGGCUUCAGCCUGGGUGGAAAUAUAGUCUGCAAAUACCUAGGGGAGAACCAGGCGAACCAGGAGAGUGUGUUGUGCUGUGUCAGCGUGUGUCAAGGGUACAGUGCCCUGCGGGCACAAGAAACCUUCAUGCAGUGGGAUCAAUGUAGGAGAUUUUACAACUUCCUCAUGGCAGACAACAUGAAGAAAAUCAUCUUAUCUCAUAGACAUUCCUUGUUCGCUGACAGCCCUAAGAGACCCCAAGCUUUAGGGGAUACAGACCUGAACAGACUUCACACCGCAACAUCCCUCAUGCAGAUAGAUGACAAUAUCAUGAGGAAAUUCCAUGGCUACCGCUCCUUAAAGGAAUAUUACGAGGAGGAGAGUUGCUUGCGUUUCUUGUAUAGGAUCUACGUUCCCCUCUUGCUGGUUAAUGCUGCUGAUGACCCUCUAGUGCAUGAUAGUCUGUUAUCAAUUCCAAGAACACUUGCAGAGAAGCGGGAAAAUGUCAUGUUCGUUCUGCCACUACAUGGAGGUCACCUGGGCUUCUUCGAAGGUGCAGUACUCUUUCCUGAGCCCCUCACGUGGAUGGAUAAGCUUGUGGUGCAGUAUGCCAGUGCCAUAUGCCAGUGGGAGCGGAAUAAAUCUCAAUGUUCUGAUACAGAACAGUCGUCAUCUGGCCAAGAGUAAAUGCUCCCAAAGACCUUCAGGUUGUUUCAUCGUAUCUCCCCCACCCCCAUCUUCUGGGACUCUUCUUCCCCCUGCUUUUCCAGGCCUGUCAUCUUGACGUCUUGAAGUUGGGUGUGUCCACAGUGUUCCAUGACAAAGCAGAGGUACAACAGAGGGGGGCAGUGUCUGGUUUGGAGUAUGUCUGAAUGUUGCAGUCCUCUUUUCUGUGCAUUUAAAGAACUGAUCCACUGUAUUGAUGAGUUGCUGUCUGUAACUUGCUUUGGAGGUUCAGAAACCUGUGCAUCCUUCUAAAGUAGGAUGAAGGUCCAGCAGUCCUGAACGUCAGUCCUCACCUUCACCAAUCAAAAACUCUCUUCCGGAUUUUUGCAGAAUUACAUCUAGCUGUUAGUGAAGUGGAUUUUAGGAGUUUACCUUUUCUUCGUGUUUGCAUUUUUCUCUCCCCUUCUGUCUCCUCCCCCACACCAACAUCUGUAAAAGAAACCAGCAGUUCACUUUACAGGUCAUCGGUCUAUAAAGCAAGGAGAAGAUGUGGGGACUGAAGUUUCCAGAAAUCAAUCCUUUUUCAUCCAUUUUGUUGAAGCGAUUCUGAUGUUUUUUUUUACAUGGUAUCAGCACUUUCAGUUACUGCAGAAUUCUGCUUUUGUUUGGAACUUCAUGGUCAAUCAAUACAAUAGAUUGCCUGCUUGGUUAACACUUCUUGAGACUAAAAUGGUAGCCUUGUGAUACUUACCUUUUCUAAUGUGAGGACUUCUAUUUUCACACAGGGUUGUUUGUGUGCUCUUAACCAGGCCUUUUAAUUCUGUCUUGAGUGGAAGCUAGUUACUGUCAGACUGUGGGUAGUUCAUUUUCCCCCCUUCAGAAUAUUUCAUAGUGAAUCAAUAUAUAUCCUCGUAGGAACGGGG